CCUGUUUGUGGUAAUUCAUUUGCCCUCUUCCCAUGGUUGAGGAUAACUUAAACCUCAAUCCACUGCACUGCAACAACAACAACAUCAAAGCCUUGCUUGGAAACCACUGGACUGAUUCAACUCCCACAGCUUCUCUCUCUCUCUCUCUUUCUCUUGGUGCUUUCCUUUUCCUGUCUUCCACUCACUUCUUGCUCCUCUCCCCUGCCCAUCUAACUUGAAUCUUAAGGCAUAGAGUUGUUACCUUAUAUAUUUCAGGUGCCAAUUCCCUUACCUUCCCUCUCAGGCACAUCAAACCCAUUAAGCUGAUUCUCCCAACUUGGGGGAAUGGGACUGCAAUCAUGCAGCGUCACGCAGAAGCUGAGGAAAGGCUUUUGGUCUCCUGAGGAAGAUGAGAAGCUCUGCAAUCACAUCGCUAGAAGUGGAGUAGGCUGUUGGAGCAGUGUGCCUAAGCUUGCAGGCAAUUUCCGGUUACCAUUUGCUUCCUCUUCAAUGGCACCAUGUUCAGUGUGUUCUUCUUUCUUCUUGUAGGACUACAACGAUGUGGAAAGAGUUGCAGACUGAGGUGGAUCAACUAUUUGAGGCCAGACCUCAAGAGGGGAAGCUUUUCCCAGGAAGAAGAAGGUUUGAUCAUUGCACUGCAUCAAGUUCUGGGCAACAGGUGGUCACAAAUUGCGUCUCGAUUGCCGGGAAGAACAGACAAUGAGAUCAAGAACUUGUGGCAUUCGCGCAUCAAGAAGAAGCUUCGGCAAAUGGGGAUCGAUCCGAUCACCCAUAGGCCACUGAGUGAGGCAGCAGCGGUGCAAGAACAGGAGAUCUGCUCGAGCAAUCCAGUCCUUGCCACCUCCUUUGAACACUUCCCAUGGAUUCAAACCCAGGAAUGCCUCGACCGGUCACUCGAUCAGAAUGACUUGCUAGCCAAUGCUGGACUAGCCGAAUGCAGCAGGGUGUUGGAUGUGCCAGAGACAUAUGGCCAUGGAGAGAGCUCGAGUAACAGCAGCAACUGCGACUGCCAUGUGCUACGAGAAGAAGUCCUGAGUUGGACUUGUGAAGGUGGGUGGGAACCAGCGACUCACAUGCAGAUCAAUGGAGUGGAGACUUGUGAGGGUGAGUCGAGCGCAUGGCAAGAGAAGAAGCAGCAUCAUGUGGCAAGCACAGAUGAUGGCGGCAGCCUUCCAAUGAGAUCGCUGGACCGCGAUUUCACGAACGAUGACUGCGGUGUCACUCAUGAGGCUUUGAAGAGUAUACUCAACGCGGAUCUCUUUCGGAGUUUGGAAUGAUCUGACGAAGAGUUUGCAGGGACGUCAUGAGUUGCUCACGCCACCCUGUUGGUCUACAGUGCGUUGCAAUUUCCACUUGUUGGAUCUUUGUCCUUCUACAGAAACUAGUUAUGCUGGAUAAGAUGUGAUGCUUUGUAGUUUCUGAUGUCUUUGUAGGCUGUGGUUAUCUUUGUCAUCAUCAUUGUUAGUAGGUGUUACUGAACUCCUUUUUGCUCUAUUGCUCCCAAAUGCAACACAAUCUGCCUCUGU